UUGUUCGCAGUCUCUCUCCCCGCCCGCCCGCUGCCGGCGCCCCGCCUCUGCCGCAUCCACUCACCGAGCAGCCAGCGCGUCAGCGGGACAGCGCUUCCUCGCCCGGCACCACUGGUCAACGCUUGCCCGCCUCACCCACACCUGGGCGGCACACCGAGCCACGCCGGGACUCCACUCACCCCGAGACACCCAGGGACGAUGCCGGACCGGGCGGCGCUGCUGCUGCUGCUGGCCGUGUUGUGGCAGGUGACGAUGCGGGCGGCGCCGGCAGACGAGCCGCGCUCAGCUUUCUCUGCGGUGCGGACCCACAGCAUGGUGGGCGGCCCGAGGAUGGCCGUCAGCUUCGACCGCGUCUACGUGAACAUCGGCCAAGACUUGGACGGGCGCCGGGGAGUGUUCACCUGCCGCCUGCCUGGCGCCUACUACUUCUCAUACACGGUGGGGAAACACCCGGACAAGGGUCUGUCCGUGAUGUUGAUGCAAGACGGCAGCCAGGUCCAGGCCAUCGCCUACGACGAGCAGCGGGGCCCGGGGCGGCGAGGCCGCAGUCAGAGCGCUAUGUUGCGGCUGUCCCGCGGUCACACGGUCUGGCUGCGCCUCCACGGACACCCCCAAUACGCCCUGUACAGCGACGCCGCCCCCUACACCACCUUCAGCGGCUGCCUCGUCUACCCCGACCCCGAGGCCGAGACCUCCUACCCCGCCCCGGCGCUGGCCGAGCCGCCGCCCCGCUCCGCCUUCUCGGUCGCCCGCACGGAGAGCGUGGUGGGCAGCAGCGGCCAGCGCUACCGACACGACCCGGUGGCCUUCGACACCGAGCUGGUCAACAUCGGCGGCGACUUCAACUCGUCCCAGGGCGUGUUCACCUGCCGCGCCGCCGGCGCCUACUACUUCGCCUUCAACAUGGGGAAGCUGCCCCACAAGACCAUGUCGGUGAAGCUGAUGAAGAACGAGGACGAGGUGCAGGCCAUCAUCUACGACGACGGCCAGUCGGAGCAGCGGGAGGUGCAGAGCCAGAGCCUGAUGCUGUCUCUGCGGCCGGGAGACCGCAUCUGGCUCUACAGUUACCAACACGACGGCUACGGCGCCUACAGCAACCACGGCAAGUACAUCACCUUCACCGGCUUCCUUGUCUACCCGGAGACCGCCCAGGACUCGGACAACGCCACCAACAGACUCUGACUUGCACGGGAUGCCGCGGCCCCACCUCCCCAUCCCCUUCCCCACCUCCCCUUCCCCUUCCCCUUCCCCGGAUGUUCCUCUGUCUGUGUACAUGUGUCUGCUGUCAGCUGGUGUCGGUACUAAUAUAGGCGUACAGCUGUCAGCGGUAUUUA